UUAAUUCCCGGGACCCAAGAUGGAGGCUGCGCUGGGGCCUGGCGGGCUCCUGCUACUCCUCCUCGUCCUGGGGCGGCUCGGCCCCGCGGCUCCGCAGCCCGCCGCCCUCCCCCAGUUCCUCAGCCAGGAGAACAUCAGAGUUAAUGUUACUAUGUUGAAAACCAGUGAAGAAUCUCAAGAAGCACAGGUUGUCUUUAAUAUCACCUACAAUAGUGGACAGAUAUAUGUAAAUGACUUUCCUAUGAAGAGAGGUGUUACCCGGAUUAAGUGUCAAACUUUAAUAUUGGAAACUGGAAACUCUGAUAACCUAUUGGAUCAAAGGCAUUGGGGAAUUGUCAGUGUUCGCAUCAUGUUUCGUGAGUGGCCCUUGGCAUCCAGAUCAAAUUUGCAGUUGAUUGUCAUUCAGGAAGAGGUGACCGAAAUCGAUGGGAGAGAGGUUCAGCAAGAGGAGGUUACUGAAAUAAACAUAUUAAUUAAGGGCCUGAGAGUACUUAGACAUUCAAACCAUACUGUUCCUCUGAAGGAAAGCAUGCUGUAUUCCAUCCCCAGGGACAAUGACAUGUUGUUUACACUUCCCAAUCUCUCAGGAAAAGUAGAUGUUCAAGGCCCACUGCAACCAACCAGUCACUACCUCCUCAGGCAAGUAGAAACUACAGUAGAUGAAGAGACAUUACCUGGCAAGUUACCGGAGACUCCCCUCAGGACAGAGCCUCCAUCGUCUUAUAAGGUCAUGUGCCAGUGGGUGGAAUACUUGAGAAAAGAGCUGUGCGGGUUCUGGCUUAAAUCUUUUCCUGUGUUCUUUAAGCUGAUGGAAGUCAUUGGGACUGGAGUUGUAGGAGCAGCUCUAGUUUUAGGAAUCUUAAAAGUGCUUUUCCCUUCCUGUGAACACAAAGGAGUCCUUCACCUGGAGGAUAUCAACACUACACCUGUGGUUGUGAUAAAGGUCCCUUCAGAUAUUCCAGAGAAGACAGACAAUUUAGUGGAGAAAUGAUGUACUCAAUACCAUGUUUGCGUCUGAAUCUUUGUACAAAUCUGGACCUGAAAUUUGGCACUUGAACUUUAAUACCUUAUUUGCUUCCUAUUCUGAAAA